UCCUAAACAAUUGGAAUUACUGGACAAGCUGUAUUGGGAUUAGACUUCCUUUCUACAAAAAAGUAUUUUACUUUCAGCCUAGUGUGGUAUUAUUGAGUAUGAUAUUUAUGAUAAUUAAUGCUGUAUUCUGUUUGGUCCAAACAGAAGACAUAGAUUAUCAACCAAGAUAUUAUGUUGUUAGCAAAAGAAUUCUGAAGGUGGCUUUAGGAAAUUUACUUACAUUAAUGUUGAUGACCAGUAAGAAUGAUUUGCUUGGUGCUAUUUCUGGUCUUCAACAUGACAGAUUAGCCUUUUUACACAAAUGGUUGGGAAGGUAUAUGUUUGCAAUGAUUUCUCUACAUUUUGCUAUGGCUUGUGUUUACUGGCUUGGAUUGGAUUUUCCUAUUAUGCUUAUGAUACCACCUCAAAUUUUCGGUUUUAUUGCUUAUGGUAGCUUGUUAGUAUUGACUUUUGGAAGUUUAAAACUUAUCAGAAAGUUAUCAUAUGAUUUCUUCAUUGUUCAACAUAAGAUAUUUUCAUUCAUUAUGCUACUUUUGGCUUAUUUCCAUAAUAAAGGGAACGCUGCAGCAGUGCUUAUUUCAGUCCACUUGAUUGUAGUGGAUAGAAUAUUGUCCAAGGUAGUAGCCUUUAUUCACAAGAGGAAAUCACCCACAAAGGCAAAAUGUAGCUUUGAAAAGCUUGACGAUGAAACUAUAGCUGUUACCAUUCCUGUAAAGUUAUUGAAGUUUACUUAUGAUUCAUGGUAUUCGAAGCUCUUGCCCAAAAUUGGUUAUUGGAAGCCAGGUCAACAUAUAGUCUUGAAUGUGCCAAAAGUGAAUUUUUUUCAAAUGCAUCCAUUCACUAUUGCUAGUUUACCAGAUUCUAAGCACAUUAAAUUAAUAAUCAGAAUGCAAAAAGGAUUUACUAAGAGGUUAAUGAAAAAGAUGGUGAAAUUGCAAGAGGAAGAUGAAGAAGAGGGACCAAUAGUAAAAUUGAAAGCUACUUUUCAUGGCCCUUACGGUGGUCACUUUCAAUCAUUAUUACCAUUUGAUACAAGUCUAUUCUUCGGAGCUGGUUCAGGAUGUGCUUUCAUAUUUCCAGUUACUUUGGACUUGUUGAGAAAAAUUAAAGAAAGAGAAGAGCAAAAUGAUUAUCUUCAUAGACCUGAAAAUGCAAAAGUUCAUAUAGUAUGGGCUAUAAAGAAGAAAGAAAAUGUCUCCUGGAUUAAACAUUUGCAUGAAGAGUUAUCAGAAUUCAUACGCAGUGGAAAAUUGACUAUGGAUUUGUAUAUGACACAAGAACAAAGUACUAUUACUACAGAAUCUACUUAUAUUGAAGAAGAAAGCAGCCCACGUACUAAGCAUGAAAUAAAAUCGAAUUACAUAGAAGUAGACAGUAGUCCACAUACUAGUCACGAGUCUAAAGAAUUAUUUGCUGAUAUAUCUACUACUUCAAGUUCCAUAUCUGAGGUAUCUAUAUUAGACUUACCAGGAGUCAAAUCAAUUUAUAGUAGACCAAAUAUUCCAACGAUAAUUGGUAAAGUAGCUAGACUGUUAGUUAAUGAAAAUGGUAAUACUUUCAAGGCUUUAGCUGUAUGUUCAUGUGGACCUCCUAGAUUCACCAACGAGAUCAAAGUUUCUUGUCAAGCAAAUAGAAAGCUUAAAAACCCUCCAGAUGUAUAUUGUUAUACAGAAUCAUUUUAGUUUUUAUUUAUUUACUUAUUUAUUUUGUUAUUUAUUUUUAUAACUGUCUAGGCUCUAGACAGUUACUUACUAUGUGUUUUGUAAAUAGAUUAUUUAUGGCUUC